AAAAUGGGCGAGUUCAACUCUUCUGCUUUAGAGUUUGGAGCUCUUGCCGAUUUUCUCAUAGUGUAUAUUGUAGAGGCACAUGCAGCCGAUGACUGGGCUUUAGACUACAACAAAUUCAAAAUCAAUGAACAUAAAGACUUGAAGUCACGUUUGGAAACAGCAGAAUAUGUCAGAAACCAUUUUGAAAUAAAGAUCCCAGUGGUUGCUGACGUCAUGGGAAAUCUUACUAGUGCAUCAUAUGCGGCUUUCCCAAUCAAACUGUGUCUCAUCAGAGAAGGUAGAAUUCAGUUUCUGAGCGGUUUCGACCCU